ACACAGCAGAGUGCAUCCAGCAGGAAAGCAUGAGCAGUGUCUUUGCAGAGAGAGUGAGAGUGCAUGAGACGCUGACGGGCGCAGAGCAAUGGUGAAAUCCAGGUCCUAAUCCCCAGACCCAGUCACCACUGAUGGAGAUGUCCCAUUUCAUGCUGGAGAUUAAAGAAAGAAGAUUGAGGGGGACUUGCUUACAGAUGAUGACCACUUUCAUGGGAAGAAAAUACCAGGGCUGAAGGGCUCUUUAAUCCAGCAGAAAAAGUUAAAACAAGAACCAGAAAAAAUCAUUUGAGGAAUAAGGCACAGAUUAUGAAUGGGGAAGGUGGCUCACCACUGGAACAAAGUGCUGAGGAAAGUUGUGGAUUUUCAACCUCCUGACGUCUUCAAAAUUAAGACCGGCAGCCAUUCUGGAGGAUUUGCUCUCAUACUCCAUGGAUAAAUCUCGUGGAAAACAGAGGAAGAGGCAAUCUACAUGUAUGUCAUGGAGAAAGCAGAAGGGGAAAAUGAAACAUAUAUCACACGAUUCAUCCUCCUGGGAUUUGGGAAUCACGCUGAACUGCAGCCCCUUCUCUUUCUGCUGUUUCUAGUGAUCUACCUUGUGACCAUGGCUGGGAACAUCCUCAUCAUGGCACUAGUUGUGACUGAUCGGCACCUUCACACCCCCAUGUACUUCUUUCUGGGGAACUUGUCCUGCUUGGAGACCAGCUUCACCUCAACCAUCCUGCCCAGGAUGUUGGCCAGUCUCCUGACUGGGGACAGAAACAUUUCUGUUACUGGCUGUAUCACUCAAUUUUAUUUCCUUGGUCUUUAUGUGGGAGUUGAAUGUUAUCUCUUGGCACUUAUGUCCUAUGACCGGUACCUAGCAAUAUGCAAACCACUACACUACACAGGUCUUAUGAAUGUCAGAAUCUGCCUGCAGUUAGCAGCUGUGUCCUGGCUGAGUGGAUUUAUGAUAAUAACCAUAGUUACAUAUUUAAUGUCACAGUUACAUUUCUGUGGCCCUAAUGAAAUUAACCAUUUCCUUUGUGAUUUCACCCCAGUGAUUAAACUCUCCUGCAGUGACACCAGCCUGAUCACACUGGUGACAUUUAUGUUCUCUUCCAUAUACACGCUGCCCCUGUUUCUAUUAACCCUGGCAUCCUACAUUUGUAUCAUCUCCACCAUUCUGAAAAUCCCAUCCACGACCGGGAGGAGAAAGGCAUUUUCCACUUGCUCUUCUCACCUCACUGUGGUGACAAUCUACUAUGGGACCCUAAUCAUUGUCUAUAUGUUACCAGACACUGACACACUUAGAGACCUCAACAAAGUGUUCUCUCUCUUCUACACAGUCCUAACUCCCCUGGUCAAUCCCCUCAUCUACAGCCUGAGAAACAAAGAGGUCAAGGCAGCCCUGAGAAAAGCCAUCAGCAAAUAUAUGGAGCUUAUAGAAAUUGAGAAGUAGUAAUUGAUAAGGCAAUGAAUGAAUCUGGAAGAGCUAGAAAGGGAGUUAGCAUUAAGCUGUCCCUAGCUCAUGACAAUGGGAGCUUUCUUGGGGAACAUGACGACAUGCUAAUUUGUGGGAUGUCUGCAUUCCAAUUUUGUAAGAGUUGAUGCUUGCUUCUCCCCUAGUUGGAAUCUUAACUUUUCUUAUCUCUGCAUUCAUGUGGAAUUCAAGGUUUUACUUUAAUUAUUUUGUUUGCAUCUUUGCUCUGAGUUUGGAAAAGUCUAGUUUUUACAUUGCAGUGUUCCUGAAUACCUACUGGUGGAUUUGGAUUAUUAAAGUAUUUAGUCUCUCACGUUGGUAUCAGGUGUCCUAUACAAUUUUAGAUUUGGGUAGAUUGCACUGGUCUUCAUAAUUUUUGUUUGUUGUAUAUGUUGUCAAGAAAUGAUUAGUGGUGUGUAAGAUUCUAAAUGCAUUUCUGGAUAUUGAAAUAGAAGAAUUAAUUGAUAUGAAUGAUUUCUGGUGAGACAUCUUUUUACCCUAAAAACACUUUACUGUCAGUGAAAAAAUAAUAAAUAUGUGUGGAGAAACUGCUAAUUAAUUCUGCAUUUCAAUAUUGAAUUUGGAACAAGCACUUAAAUGACUAAAGUUCCCAAGUUCCAAUGAUUUUCAAAAUUAUUUGAAUUUGUAAGGGACAGAGUAUGAAAGGUUCUAAAGAUGUAGAUAAGUGUCAGUGUUUCUAUACAAAUUUAUAUGUGGGAAUAUUUUAUUUGUCUUAACUUUUCUUUGUUAUGUAUGUGAUCAUGCCACAUAUAGAAGAUGUGUAAGAUCAAUAAUGGAUUACUGGAUGUUGAAAUAAAAUUAAUUCACAUGAA